AUGCUCACGAGCAUUCGCCACAACUAUCGACUCUCCGCAAUCAUCACUCCCACAACAGCCGCCCAAGCCGACACCCUGAAUGCCGGUCCCUCAUUCGGGGACUUUGUAGCUCCCGAUGCGCCCCUCUCCCCCGCCGAGGCUUACGAAAUCAAGACUGUGCAAGUAGGACCAGAAGGGCGAAAGAAGACCAUUACACGACUGCCGGAAUGGCUAAAGACACCAAUCCCCUCGAAUGCGAACUACAAGAAGAUCAAGAAGGAUUUGCGCGGUUUGAACCUCCAUACCGUAUGCGAGGAAGCAAAGUGUCCGAACAUUAGCGACUGCUGGGGCGGGAGCGACAAGAGUGCUGCGACUGCCACAAUUAUGCUUGGGGGCGACACAUGCACGCGCGGAUGCCGAUUCUGCUCUGUCAAGACAUCAAAAGCCCCUCCACCACUCGACCCGCACGAGCCAGAGAACACUGCCGAAGCGCUCAGCCGCUGGGGACUCGGAUACGUUGUCCUGACUAUCGUGGAUCGCGAUGAUCUCGCAGACGGAGGAGCGCGACACGCAAUGGAAACAAUCAUGAAAAUCAAGCAAAAAGCGCCGUCGAUGCUUGUGGAAGCACUUGUAGGAGACUACGCAGGCGACGCAGAGAUGGUCAAAUUAGUCGCAAACUCUGGCCUUGACGUCUUUGCACACAACGUCGAAACCACCGAGGCACUUACACCCUACGUCCGCGACCGGCGCGCAAACUUCAAACAGUCACUCAACGUGCUGCGAAUCGCAAAGGAAACGAAGCCAGAACUCAUCACCAAGACUAGCAUCAUGCUCGGUCUAGGUGAGACGGAAGACGAACUAUGGAAAGCCCUCAAGGAUCUGCGAGCCAACGAUGUCGACGUAGUCACUUUCGGCCAAUACAUGCGCCCAACGAAGAAACACAUGGCUGUCCACGAAUACGUCACGCCCGAUGUCUUUGAGAUGUGGAGACAGCGUGCGCUGGACAUGGGCUUCCUGUACUGCGCGUCUGGACCGCUUGUGAGGUCGAGCUACAAGGCUGGAGAAGCGUUCAUUGAGAAUGUCAUCAAGAAGAGGAGAAUGGGACGGGGUGGACAGGUUGGCGGGGCACAGAUUGCCGAGAUGGAGAAGUCUGCUUAAGCGGAUUUUCUACAACAUGGUAAGAUUGUAUAUAGUUCAUCAUGUAGACUUCAGCAUUUGGCACGGCGUUUCAACAAGCCGUCAUCUUGAAUCAAUCAAUCGUUGAUC